AUGUUUUCAUACCUUACGAAGUCCAGGUUAUUGCUUGGCCGAAAGAUUCCUCAAUGGCAACGAUGCUACUCCCAAAACACCCCACGCCGCGUAUCGGAUCCUCUACGCAUUCUCUUCUGCGGUUCUGAUGAUUUCAGCUGCGCUUCUCUAAAAGCUGUCCAUGAAGAGCACGGCAAAAAUAAAGGAUUGAUAGAGUCGCUGGAGGUCAUGGCCCUACCGCCAAAACGUUCAGGAAGAGGAUUCUCAUCUCUAAAAGAAGUACCUUGUAAGCUACUGGCAGAAGAGUUGGGGUUGAGAAUACACCAGCAGGGAACGUUCAGAGGAUGGGAUCUGCCUGAGGGAACAAAUCUCGUAAUUGCUGUGUCGUUUGGGCUCUUCGUGCCACCAAGAAUAUUGGGAUCAGCCAAAUAUGGAGGUCUUAAUGUGCAUCCUUCUCUACUCCCCGACCUCCGUGGACCUGCUCCGAUCCACCACGCUAUACUAAGGGGAGACAGCCAUGUUGGUGUUUCACUACAAACACUUGACGACAAAUCUUUUGAUCACGGAACCGUGCUAUCUCAAACUCCGCGCCCUGGAAUACCAGUACCACCAGACUGCACAGUCCAAGAACUCACGAAUCUCCUUGCUCCAGUCGGAGCGCAGAUGCUGGUACAGGGUCUACGAGACGGUGUAUACGUACCGCCACAUCAAAACAAAGGAUGGAGGGGAGAAGAACUUGAUCAAGGGCAGCUCGUUCAUGCGCCAAAGAUUAGCAAAGCCGAUGGCCAUAUCAGGUGGUCUAGCUGGAAGGCUGAUGACAUCGUGCGAGCGAGAAGAGUUCUGGGGUCGGUCUGGACAGAAGCCGUCAACAGGAAGGGAGAGACGAAGCGGCUGAUUUUCCAAGAUGCUGAGACGGCGAGCACCAGCGAUGUUGAGACCGAUGGUACCACAGUCCGCUUUCUAGGUCAUGGGUCAGAUUCAUUCAGCGCUCUCGUAUCGGAUCAAGGUGACGGGAGCUGUGCUAUUAAGACUUCAGACGAAAAGAUAAUCCGAGUAAAGAAGGUCAAAGUGGAGGGAAAGCCGGAGCGACCGGCCGACGUGGCACUGAAGCCUUAUAUCGAGGCAUAA